GCGGAUCGAGGCUGAGCGGACGGAUCCACGAUCUGGAGCCCUGCCUGAAUUCGCAGCCCCCGCCUGUGGGAUCAUCGCCCCCGGAACGCGCCGAGCAGGAGCGGAGCAUGGAGAGCAGGGAGGACAAAUGCCCGCGGCAGGAGCUGGUGGAAGAGGCCGUUUUGAGCGGCUCCACGGCGCAGGAAGGCAACGGGGAGGAAAAGGCGCGGAGAUGCCGCACGAGGAGGGGCUGCAAACGCAGCCGGCGGGGAUGUGAGGGGGAAAGAGCCGGCCUGGGCCGGGAAGGCGGCCGGAGACGGAGGCAGAGCUCGGAGCUGGUGCUCCGUGAGCAGCUCCGUGAUGGGGAGAAGCCCCACACGUGCGGGGAGUGUGGGAAGAGCUUCAGGAGCAGCUCCAGCAUGAGCAAGCACCAGAGGAUCCACAGUGGGGAGAAGCCCUAUGAGUGUGGGGAGUGCGGGAAGAGCUUCAGGUGGAACUGCGACCUCAUCAGCCACAAGAGGAGCCACACUGGGGAGAGGCCCUUUGAGUGUGGGGAGUGUGGGAAGAGCUUCAGGUGGAACUGCGACUUGAUCAACCACCAGAGGAGCCACACUGGGGAACGGCCCUAUAUCUGUAGGGAGUGCGGGCAGAGCUUCACCCGGAGCUGCCACCUAAUCCAGCAUCAGGUGAUCCACACCGGGGAACGGGCCUUCGAGUGUUCCGUGUGUGAGAAGAGGUUUCAGACCAGCUUCUCUCUCCUCCGUCACUUUCAGAGUCACACAGACGAGAAGCCAUUCCAGUGCCCUGAGUGUGGGAAGCAAUUCAGGCACAAUUGCACCCUCAUCAAACACCGGCGCAUCCACACGGGGGAGAGGCCCUACGAGUGUCCCCAGUGUGGGAAGAGAUUCUCACAGAGCUCUAAUUUGACCCGACACCAACGAAGGCACCAAUGAGGGAAGCCCAGCAAAUGCCCCGAGUGCGGGCAGAGCUUCGUGUGCUGCUCAACCUCACGGAUGUGGAUUGUUAUGUGCUGGCUGAGAAUUAUGUAUUUGACAGGAAAUAAAACUCUCAGACUUAC